AUGCUUGGACACUACCAGGUGGACAUAGCCGCAUUGAGUGAGACCAGACUUGCAGAUGAAACUCAACUGGAAGAGGUCGGUUGUGGCUACACCUUCUACUGCAUUGGGAAACCGGACAACUCCCCAAGACACUCAGGCGUGGGAUUUGCCAUACGCACUCAGCUCGCAAGGCGACUAGUCAGCUUGCCACAGGGCAUCAGCGAUCACCUCAUGAUCCUGCGGCUGAAACUUCAGAAAGACUGCAACGCAACAAUUGUCAGCGCCUACACCCCUACAAUGACAAACCCAGAUGAAGUGAAGGAAGCCUUCUACGAAGAGCUCAACCAGCCCAGCUACUCUCCAGUGUUGACCGCAGAGACAAACUCAUCAUCCUUGGAGACUUUAACGCACGAGUUGGAGUAG